AUGUCGUCGACAUCCGUAAUGAAAGGGCUAUUGCUGAUCCUUGCGACAGCCCAUGCUUUUGUGGGGCACAAUCAUGCACGAAGAAGUCUCAACCCCGAAAAAGUUCUCACUAGGAAUAAGGAGGUCAAGGGUGGAACAACCACAGUCACAAUAAAGGAAACGACAGAAUUCUACAGUGGGCCAAUGAUUUCAAGACACACAAAGUUGAUGGCAACAGUAUCGGAAGAUUCCAUCACUGAAAAAGAUAAUCAAGCAAAAGAUGAGGCAAUAGUGGAGCCGGUGACAGGAAAUGUCGUCUUUCUUCUUCCAUCGAAUGCGGAUCAAAUUCAAUCCAAAUUUGGAAGUCGGUCGCCGUAUGGUAAUCCUACUGUUCUGGAGGCUGCCCAGCAUUUACAACGCAAGAUUGGAUGGUUUUCGGAUCAGUUGGUGAAUGGACAAAUUGUCGUGCUAUCAUCCUCUUCCGAGCCUACACAGGAUGAACAGAAACUGCUUCAAGACGCAAAUGCGGUGAUUGCACUCCACUUGAGUAGCAGUGCCGAGACUGAAUAUGCUGAGUCCCUCUUUAAGAAGCGACGGCAGCGACAGCAAGAUGAGCCAGACGGUCUGAAUUUUUGUCAAUUUGCCUUGGAAUGUGGCGAAUUAUCCUCCAACGAACUGUCUUCCAUUUGUGGGCCAUUUGACACUGCAACGGCAUCGCCAUCUUCCCUACUGCCAUGGACAGAUGUCGCCAGUGGCAAGCGAUUGGACGAACGAAUGAAGGGAUUAUUCAAACGUUGGACUUCUGACGACUUUACAUAUGCCCUCACGCUCUUUUUCAAUCGAUUCUCGGGUACACCCAUUGAUUGGUGCAAGCAUUCCAUUGAUGCCACCUGGGAAAAGGGACCUGUCCAAAAUGCCCAAGAGUUAUACAGUAUGGUGAACAAGUGUGGUGACUGCGUUGUCAAGUGCGUACAGGAUGAACAAUGCAAGGAAUGUUUGGAUGCUCUUACGGCAUUGGACACAACCGAUCAAGUCGCGAGUUACCGUACCAUUGUUUCGUAUGAAUCAGAAUUACUCGAGAACUUUAGUUAUUGCAUCCUUCAGAAGAACAAUAUUUUCAAUUGCGACGCCAAGAUUCCGCAAUAUCCCAAAGUGAAACCAAUGACCCAGUUUCGUGGAACGCCCUUGACUCGGAAGGUGGCACGUCAAAUCUUGAUUGGACACUUGGAUGACGAGGAUUCCUUAUUUGACGAUUCAAAUUGUGAGCGAAUGCCAACCUCCUGGAAGGUGGCAGCCGGCGCCAAUGUAGCCUACGAUCAAUUUCCGUCGCAGAAUCAAAUCUUUUACGAGGCGGCAAGCAAUCAACCCAAGAACGAGGAAACUGGCAAGCAGUUUCUUUGGUACGAUCCCGUCUUUCGAGUGGAAACCAUUGAUGGUCGGAAUGUGUGGUGCAAACGACAUUAUCGAGUAAGAGAAGGACCAACCAUUGGUACCUUUUACUUUUCCGUCUUGGACAAUGGUGUCGUUUCCAAUGAAUAUUGGACUUUAGUGGAUGCGGCAGAUGAUUUGUCGUACAUUAUCUUUCAUUAUGCUGGAGCAGCAGGAGCCGUGGGACAACGGUAUUUAGGAGGACUCUUGUGUACCGCUGACGGAUCGCUGGACCCAAUCCUCGACGAGAGUCAAAAAGGGUCCACUUCGGCCAUACUACCGAAAGGACCGAUGGUGGAUCAUGUGUAUUCCAAAUUGCGUUCUGUUGGAAUCGAACCUUGGGAACUCUUUUGUGUCGACAAUAGGGUGGAUUCCCCAGCGGCAUUGGAUGCCGGAGAAGCCCCAUUGGACCAUUUCCGUAAAGAUGUCUUGGCCGAAAAGGAAAAGCGAAAGUCGCAGCAGUAG